UUUUUUUUUUUUCUCCCUCCCUGGUUCGCCGCGCUCCCCUCCUCCCUCCCCCGGGUUCUGUGUUGAACACCUUAUUAUCACGUCUUAUUCUUCUUCCUCUCUCUCGCCUUCUUCCUCCUGUCGUUCUUCUUUCCCUCCUCACGCUCCUCUUCUCCUCAUCCUGUCCCUCCUCCCCCCUAAGUCGACGAAAGGCUUUCCUGAGGUGGUCAGUCAGAUCCCUCUCACUGUCCCCUGCCUUGCUGUCAAUCCCCCGACCUGGUCGCUUUUCGUUGUGUGGGAACCCCUUCCAUCCAGUGCAUCUCGGCUCUGAUCUCCUCCGAGCAUUGCUUUGAUCAAUUGUCUUGUCUAGAGCUUGCAGAUUCACCACAGGACCGAAAAGUCAACAUGUCCUCCACGGCUCUCCCCAAGCGCGUUGCGCUGCACCGCAACCCCACCACCGACUCUUCGGUGGCCAGCUCCAUCGCUCCUUCUCCGAUGGACAGCCCUCGCCAGUCUCCUUCGACCACCUCUCUGUCCUCGCUGGCCUCCGAGGCGGAGGCUCGCAGCAAGAUGCUGGAUACCUAUGGCAAUGAGUUCAAGAUCCCGGAUUUCACCAUCAAGCAGCUCCGUGAUGCCAUCCCCGCCCACUGCUAUGAGCGCAAGGCCUUGACCAGUCUGUCCUAUGUCGCCCGCGACUUGUUCUGCUUGGCCACCGUCUUCUAUGUCUUCCACAACUAUGUGACCCCGGAGAACAUCCCCUCCACGCCCAUCCGUACCGCUUUAUGGGCCCUUUACACCGUCGUGCAGGGUCUGCUCGGAACCGGUGUCUGGGUUCUGGCUCACGAGUGUGGACACCAGGCUCUCUCCCCGUCCAAGGUUCUGAACGACACCGUUGGCUGGGUCUUGCACUCUGCUCUCCUGGUGCCUUACUUCUCCUGGAAGAUCUCCCACGGAAAGCACCACAAGGCUACUGGUAACCUUGCCCGCGACAUGGUCUUCGUCCCGAAGACCCGCUCGGAGUUUGCUACUCGCGUCGGCAGAGCCAUCCACGAGCUGAAUGAGCUGAUGGAGGAGACCCCCAUCCUGACUGCUCUCAACCUGGUCCUCCAGCAGCUGUUUGGAUGGCCGAUGUACCUCCUCACCAACGUUACCGGCCACAACAACCAUGAGCGCCAGCCCGAGGGUCGCGGCAAGGGCAAGAAGAACGGUUACUUCGGUGGGGUCAACCACUUCAACCCCUCCAGCCCCCUGUACGAGGCCAAGGACGCUAAGCUCAUCUUCCUGAGUGACCUCGGUCUUGCUAUCACCGGAACCGUUUUGUACCUGGUUGGCUCCAAGUUUGGCUGGAUGAACCUUCUGGUUUGGUACGGCAUUCCCUACCUCUGGGUGAACCACUGGCUCGUUGCCAUUACCUACCUCCAGCACACUGAUCCCACUCUCCCCCACUACCACCCCGAUGUCUGGAACUUUGUCCGUGGUGCUGGCGCCACUAUCGACCGUGACUUCGGCUUCGUCGGCCGUCACAUCUUCCACGGCAUCAUCGAGACCCACGUUCUCCACCACUAUGUCAGCACGAUCCCCUUCUACAACGCCGAUGAGGCUAGCGAGGCCAUCCAGAAGGUCAUGGGUAACCACUACCGUACCGAGGCCCACACCGGAUGGACUGGUUUCUUCAAGGCCCUCUGGACCAGCUCCCGUAUCUGCCAGUGGGUUGAGCCCACCGAGGGCGCCGAGGGCGAGAGUGCCGGUGUCAUGUUCUACCGUAACACCAACGGCAUUGGUGUUCCCCCCGCCAAGGUUGCCCAAUAGAUCUGUUCUCGGUCGACACAUAGAACGCGCGUCGUUUUCAUUCCCUCAAUUCUCCAGAUUAGGGAGGAUUGUGUCAUUUCUGUCUUGUUCAAUUUUUUUUUCCGUGGUGCUCUCGCAGGAUCGAAUUGGCCACGAUAUGCUCAGCACUCGUCAUAGAGUAUCUGCUGCGAGUUGAUUGAUCGGCAUUCGAGCGCUGAAGGCGUAUAUGGAGUGGAAGUGGGAGCAGGCGGGGUUGGGUUAAUUGUGAUUGUUGGAUUGUUGUAAAAGAAAAACACAAAAGCAAAACACCCAUUCUUUCUCAGCUGGCCAUUAAUAUCUUGGGAGCCAUUUCCUUACUUUGAUUCCCUUCGAGAUGUCCUCAUCACCCAUCAUCUCGUGUAUGAUUUCUGAGCUCAAUAGAAUAAUGUCUGCAUCGUUCAAUGUUUAGCAUAUUUAUCCGUUCUGUUACCCCUCGUACAUCGUGAUCAGCUCCGAGC